UUAUGACAGGAUGAGAGAUAUCAGCAUUGACAUUUAACUGUUUAUCAUCUGUUCCAGAUCGCUAAAUCGAUUCAUUUAUCUAAUUGAAUCAAUUGUAGCAGAGUUAUUUCAAGUGUGCUGCAAAAUUAAAUAAGAUAUUAGGCUUAGGUUGGUGUUCAUCAUGCCUGAAGAAUACGUUCCAAGUUCUCGUUCAACAUUUCUGUAUUUUGCAUACGGUAGUAAUUUGUGGACGAAACGCAUACAUUUGCAAAACUCAUCAGCUGUUCGCAAAGGCAUCGCUCAAUUAAAAGGUUACCGUUUAGAUUUUUAUCAGCCGUUUGGUGAACCGACCAUUUGGAAUGGAUCAUCGGCCACGGUAAUUGAAGAUGAGAAUCACACGAUCUGGGGUGCUGUCUAUGAGAUUGAUUUAAUGCAUUUGGCAUCGUUGGAUGCUCAGGAAGGUGUUCACAUUGAUAAAUAUGUGCCACUCAUCAAAGAAGUUGUCACACCCGAUGGUGAAGUAUUGGAAUGUCGUUUGUAUCAAAUGACCGAGGCACCAACUAAUCCAAUCAAAUUGAGCGAUGCAACUAUUCCAUUCGAAAGAAAACCAUCGAAAUCCUAUUUGGAUGUCAUUUGCCGUGGUGCUGAAGAGAGCCAAUUGCCAGAGAAAUAUCAAUGUUUCUUGAAAAACAUUGUUCACAACGAUAAAGAUGCACACCCUGAAUUGAUAACCAAAUUGUUUGGAGAAAAUCAUUAAUAUAUGUUCAUGAUUUUUGCCGCUGCCAAAAAGCAUAUUUUGUAAAUAAAUUCAAUGUCGAGUCGACAUUGUCGACCACAUCUUUAAAAUAAAGUUUAUUUUCUAAAAA